AAGAGAAUUUGAUUAAAAUGAGCAGUUUAUUAUUUUGUGCCUUCUUUUAAAAGAAAUAUUACAAUUUCCUUUAGUCAUUCCUGCACAAUGCAUUUAUUUCUACUUGGUCUACGCUCUAAGGCUACUAGUUCCACUUGCACAAUACAGACAAGCACAUAAGCUAUCAACGUGUUCACACCUUCAUACGUUAAGAACUGGGAGCUUUAUUUAGUUUUGCCUUUUAAUAUUGUAUUAUUUUUAAAAUUUUAGCAGAGACAUAUCACCAAACUUAAUAAUCAACAUAUUAUCUGUAGUUGGGAGGAGUUAACGUGUCAUGGACUCUUCUCCAGUAUGUGUGUAAGUGCAGAUUUAAGUUGUAGAUGUCUAGAUUUGCUGAUAAUCACUCAUUUGCUGGAAUUUUCUGGUCAGACUCAUCUGUACGGGCCUUGUUGAAACCAUGCAGUUUUAAACGGGAGUGGCAAUGAGUUAAGUCUUUUCUGUACUUCAUUACACUGUUGAUUGUCGUUCACGUCUUAGGUGCUAUUGUGUUAAACGAUGUUUUUAUCUUUUUGUUUUUCGUGCACCAUCCAGUUUAGGUUUGAAACCAAUGUUGAGCUCCCUCUUGUUACAGCUCCUCUGACAAUCAGGGACACACAGAACCACGUUAAUCAUCGAAUACUUUAUUCUUCCUCAAUGAUCAUUCCCUCUAGAAUGUAUAGAAGAUAUCCUGCUGUAAAUACAUUGUAUAUUUUUAUGCUCUGAGAAGUACUGUUAGGUUUUAUUUUGGUCCAUAGAAAGACAAGGCGUGUGCAAGAAACACUUUUGUCAGUGAAUUUGGCAAGUUAAUUUGUUUUUAAGCAUUUAUGAGAUUCAAUAAUGAAACGGUCCAUCUUCCUGAGAAAAUGUGGCUUUUGCAGAAAUCUCACCACUGUAUCAAUAUUAUAUUUUCAGUUUAAUUGGUGAUUGAUCAAAGUGAAUUUAGAUUUUUGUGAAUGUUCAUUAUGAUGGGUUUUACUGUAUAACUAUCAUCCGUAUGAUAUAUUAAAAUAAAAUUCCUUUUCAACAUAUUUAAAGUAAAAGAAAAAUGUUCUUAGUGGUGGAAACAAUCCUCCAUUCAACAGCUAUUAGAGUCUUGAAUUUGUGUUAAAAUAUCACUUAAAAGUUAGUGUGGUUGAAAUACCUCACUAGCUGCCCUUUUUUUUUUAAUUGUAAGCAAUCUUUAAAAGCACAGUGCAGAUAGAAACGAUGGUUUUGUAAAUUGUACCCCAUUUAGUUCUUUGAAUUUUGAAUUCAGUUAAAGUGGAAACCUAUUGGAAAUUAAUGAAGUAUGUGAGCAGUACGAUGAAUAUUUCCUUUUAAUUAACUAUUGUCAGUAACCUGACCAUAAGUGUCCUUGUAUAAGCUAGAGAAAUCUCAUUCGUGUGCGUGUGUGUGUGUGUGUGUAAAAAGAUCAGAAUUUUUUGAUAAAAAGCUAUUUUUGAAACGUCAUUUAAAGCACUGAUAUGUACAGUAUAUCAUAUGCAGUCAUUCUCGCUACCCUCAUUUAUCUCUGUAUAAGUCGUUUGUGUCAAGGUUUUUCAAAUACAGAUGGGAAUCUGAAUUUUUUCUUGAUUUUAAAGAAUUUGAUUCACAGUAAGGUUGGUCUUACGUUAGGUUUAUUCUGCAUGGUCUCUGACUUGUUGGGUCAAGUGAACUUGUUUUAUGGAUAAUGUGCAGCUUUAAUUGUAGCUGAUUAUUUUCAGUCAAGUAACCCAUAUGAUUAGACUUUUGCAAUAUACAAUGAUUUGUAAGCAAUCUGAUUAAAUUGUUUUUGAUUGUUGUGUGUCAUGUCCUUAUAAAUAAAUAAUUCACAGCAUGUGAUCUUGAAUUGUUGUUGAUGUACAGAAGGCGUGCAGCUGCUGGUGAAACCGAGUGUGGGUGGGUAAAUGUGUUUCCUGAUGGAAAGCAGCCAGAAAAGACAUAAAGAGACGCUGGGAUAUUUGUUAUGGUGUGUUAGGGGAAUUCGAGGAGAGUAGAAGUGCUGCAGAAGACUGUUUUCAUAGGUACACACUCGUACAGUAACAAAUUGAAAAUCUUUCACCAUAUCGUGGUACACGGUGACAUCUUUUUCAGCAGGUCCAAAACUUGAAGAUAUAUUCAGUUUACAGUGAUAUAAAAGUGCAAAGCAUAGAAUUCUCACAUUGGAGAGCGUUGGAAAAAGAACUGUUGAGGUUUAUCGUGGAAAAAUAUGUGGAAAAACGGAUAUCAGAAUAGUUCUGUCUUAAUUUUCUGACAAACUGUUUGUCCAAGUACUGUAAGCCUUUAUCACAGCCCAGUAAACCAUGAAGGUCAACCAGCAUGCACAACAACAGGACCUCCCCCCACGUGAAAUGCAGCUAUCAAAUACACCUGUGCUUUCCUGCUACCAUACAGUCCUGUGGGAAAACCUUCAGCUACCCCUCAUUUCGUUAUAUUUUGCUUCCAUUUAGCCUGUCUUUCUUGUAAUUUUCAAAGUGGUGUUUAGCGGGUGUUCUCCAGACUUUCUGAAAGUUCUCUGGACAUAGCUCUACUUUUAUACUCUAUUUAAGCAUAAAAAGGCACCUAACUCAAAGGAUGAACCAGUGUUGUGUCUACAUAUAACAGAAAACUGAGCAAAGAAGUGUUUAAAUUGUAUACUUAGGCAAUUAGCAGUCUGUCCCAAAAACAUUUCUUUAGCCGAAUCUACUAAAAAGCCCAAAGCUAACACAGACAGGCAUAAAAAACAGCAAGAAUGUUAUUCCUUAAAAUAUGGGAUCCAGAAAAGAUCUGAGAGAUUCAUCUGGUCCUUCAGCUGAAUUUCAGUUGUUCACUGAGGUCUCAUUAGACAUUGUCUCGGUGGAAGGGUGGUUGUCAGGAAGCCAUUUUUUAAGGAAGAGGAAACUGGAGGGAAAGGGUGAUGUAGUGAUGAACCCAGAUAUUCAAUUUUUGGUUCAAAUCAUCGUCAGUAUGUGUAGAGAGGGCCAGGAGAAAGGUAAAACAGUGUAUAUAGCCAUCUGUGAGAUGCAAUGGAGUCUCUGCCCUGGCAGGAUUUCAGCCAGUGGGGACUUUGAUCUUUAAUGGGAAACAGCUGAUUGGUAAUGACUUUAUUUCUCCCCAUGGCAAUGAUCCAAAACACAGUCUUCAUGCAGUAAAAGAAUACUUGGAUGACAAAUCGGACUGGCCUCCUCAGAUCACAGAGAGCCAGCCAACAUCCAAAAAGAGCGUUUAAUGUCCUUUAAGAAUCCCAGAGAACUAUUCCUGAAGGUUAUUAAAAGAAAUUACAACAAAGUUUGCCUAAGAGAGUUCAGACUGUGAUGAAAGAUGGCCAUACCAAUGCUUGGCAUAAUCAUCUUAAAUCGUGAAAAUGUAAAAUAUUUUCAUUGUGUCAUUGUACAGGGAAACUCUUCCAAGUUUUGUUUUCUCUUAUUUAUUUAUUUUUGAAUAUGCGUUUAGACUGAUGUGUUUUCUGAUCUGAUUGGUAACUUAUUGACUGGAAUAAGACUCAGAAAACAUCCCCACAGUCUGAAAUUCAAACGUGUUUCAGGAAAUAACUCCAUAAAAAGGAUCAAAUCCAUGUGGAUGCAUUUUUCAGCUAAUCAUUACUAGCAUUACCUGCUGCAGGACUUGCCAAAGCAAACACGAGAUCCUUGUGCAAAUGCUCCAACACAUCCCGGAAAGAUGUGAAAUCCUGGACUUUAAACCUCUAAAACUUUUUUUUUUAUUCAGGAGUGCCGGGAAUUAACUGCUGCAAUGGAAACCCUGCCAGUCGGUUGGACGGUGUACACCUGUGAGCAGGAAAGAGCUGAGACAGGCCUGUUGAAGGGAGAAUCUGAUGAUACUAAAGCAAACACACAUAUUCAAGAUCUGUUCCAUGAAGAUGCAAAGGGUUUUCAGCAGUCUAAUCAGCCAUGGUGGAGGAUCAAAGUAUUUGUGUGGGAGCCGGUGCUUUUUGGCACCUGGGAUGGAGUCUUCACCACCUGCAUGAUCAACAUCUUUGGUGUGGUUCUGUUCCUGCGUACUGGCUACCUGGUGGGGAACACAGGAGUGCUGCUUGGGAUGGUUCUCGUCUCCAUGGUUGUGUUGGUUGCUUUAGUGACAGUUAUGUCAGGAAUCGGAGUGUCUGAACACUGUGGUGUUGGGAGUGGAGGAAUCUACUCCAUGAUCUCUACCAUCCUAGGGGGAAGGGUCGGGGGCACUGUUGGCCUCCUUUAUGUGUUUGGGCAGUGCGUCGCUGGGGCGAUGUACAUCACGGGGUUCUCCGAGUCAGUGGCAGAACUGCUGGGUCUUCAGACUCAGUGGGCGGUGCGCUGCAUGUCAGCAGCAGUGCUGCUAGGUCUGCUUGGAAUCAACUUGGCUGGUGUCAAGUGGAUUGUCAGACUUCAGCUGCUCCUCCUGGCUGUUCUGGCCAUCUCUACCCUGGACUUUGUCAUUGGCACAUUCACACACCUUGACCCAGAGCACGGUUUCAUUGGUUAUUCAGCUGGGCUGCUCAGUAGCAACACUAUGCCAGAUUAUACCACUGGGGAAAACUUCUUUACUGUAUUUGGGGUUUUCUUCCCUGCUGCUACAGGGGUUAUGGCAGGCUUCAACAUGAGCUCAGACCUUCAGCGACCUGAGCACAACAUCCCCGUGGGAACUCUAGCAGCUGUCUUCACCUCGUGGUUCCUGUAUCUGGUCUUUGUCUUUCUCCUGGGGGCCAUCUGCACCAGAGAAGCUCUACGCUGUGACUUCUUGAUAGCUGAAAAGAAAGGCCCAAACAAGACCCCGGUGGCGGCUAUCUUUCUGACGAGCCUGGUGACGAUGGCCUUCAUUUUCAUCGGCCAAGUUAACGUACUGGCGCCCAUCGUCACCAUCAACUUCAUGCUCACCUACAGCUUUGUCGACUACUCCUACUUCAGCGUGGCCAUGACCUCCCACCUUCAGAAUAAAGAUAAGAGGGACACCGCCAUAGUGGGCAAAAGAAACCAGCGCAGGUCCACCAGGCACAGCAGCACGUCACUGAUUCAAGCCAAUCUUCCAAACUAUGGCAGUGAUGGCGGGAGUCCGCAGAGUAAAGGCACUCUGCUGGAGUUCACUAGGGACAUGGACCAGAUAUUUCCACCUGUUUCAAAUGUGGACUCUGCAGCUGAGAAGACCUCCUGCAUGCAAGACAUGAACAACACAUCCAAGAACAGAAAGGCUACUGCUAAGCAGAAGCUAAUGGACAGCUUUGGUUUGGACUCGAACUCCAGUGUUUCCUCAGAAGAGAAAGAAGAGAGGACAAGUUCUGCUUCACUAGCAGAGGAAGACCAGGGGCCAGGUGGAGGAGGAGAGCUCAAGGCUGGAGAGGAGCCUCAAAUCACGGGCUAUACAGAUGUUGGUCACGUUGAGCAGGAUUUGCCUGCUGACACUCACAAUUACAGCACAGGCACUGGAGAUAAAGCAGAACACCAAAGCUUUGAAAUCCAACCCAAGCACAAUUCCUUCUAUGCAAAGUUGUGUAACCGCUGGAUCGCUCUCAUUGGGGCAUUGAGCUCCAUAUUGAUUAUGUUUGUUAUUCAAUGGGUUUAUGCCUUAACAAACAUAAUAUUUGCCUUGCUGCUCUUCUUCUACAUCGGGAAAACAAGUCCUGGACUACCAAGAGGAAUUGCAGCUCAGUUCAGCUUUUUCACGUGGUUCAAAUCAACACUGAGUAGCAUUUGCAGUAGAAAAGCAUCACCCCGGGAUGAGAUCGUAGUGACGCCCUCUUUGUCUGGGACUCUGGGGCUGAAAACCAAGCAGCUGACGGAGGAAAAUGCUGACUUUGCCUCUCGUCACCGCUGUCAUCAAUCGUCGUUCAUCAGGGCCGACAAUAUGGUCCAACCACCAUUUCACUGACCGAAUUAAACACUGCCUCAGUUAUGCGUCGCAGCUGACAGCCUGAAUACCACAUUUUCUGCCUCAAACGGUGUCUCAUGUUGCACUACGGGCAGAAUACUGCUCACAUGUUAAGAAUCUCAGUGGCUCGAAUUGUUUUCCUGUGGUGGUUCAAGGAAAUCAAAGCUUUGCACAAAGGUUAUGUGGAAGAAUAAGAUACAUCAGAGAAAGGCGAUAGCUAAAAUGUGCAGGUUUUCAUGCAAACAGGCAAAUGCAGAGAUUUAUUAUUUCCUCUUAAUAUAAACUUCAACUUUAACUCUUUCAUUUUCAACUGGUUUUUUUUUUUAUUUUGUUUUUUUUGCCGUUCCAUCACUCUAAAAUGGCCUUUUAAGAUGCAAAACUUUUAAAACACAGUGUAUAGUUUAUAGAUGACAAAUACUUUAUCUUAUAUAUGGGACUUUUUUUUUUGUCACAGCUGUUGAAAUAAUAAUAAUAGCAAUAAUGAAAAGCUAAUCUCUGCCCCAAUAACCUGUCCAGUUAGUGGUCCAGAGGUUGGUGAGGAUGAUUGAUAAUCCACAAUCACUUUAUUCAGUCUGUUGCUGUCACGAACUCUGAUGCUGCUAACCCAGCAGAGCACAGCAAAGUACUUUACACUCACUACAGCUCAUUGAUAGAAUAUCUCUAUCAUUUUGCUGCAUACACAGAACAAGGAGCUGUGUGGGCUGUAAAACUGCAAAAGUCUUCUAUAAAUGCCGAUCUAUUUCCAAUCAAACCUAAAGCUAAUUUCAGCUGCUCCCUUCUCAUAAGGGAUUGCCAUAGUGAUUAGCUCCAUGUGUUUUUAUUUGACAGUUUUACGCUGGAUGCUCUUCCUGCCAGGAUCUUGAUCGGCCUUAGUAACCCAUGCCACGAAGCUCUCGGUGGACAGUUUUUGUGCUGAUGUUAAGAAGUUUGGAGCUCUGCAGUCACUGAGUCUGUAAGGCGUCGGCGACUUUCAUGCCCUUCACACCUCAGAACGCAGUAACCCUGCUCUUACCUUACAUGGUCUACCACUAUGUGCCUGAAUUGUUUUAGCUCCUAAAUGCUUUUGCUUUGCAAUAAUAAUAUUGAGACAUUUUACAAAGUACUUGUUGUGAUAGUGAUAUCUAUUACGCUACCAUACUCAAAUUCAGAGAGCUCUUUACAAUCAGUUUUUU